CCAAUCACACAGCUCCCUCACAACGAGGCGCCAUGGCAUCUUCUUCUUCUUCUUCUGCUCACCUCUCGUUUCUCGCCGGACGCACGUCGCCGCCGCCAUUCUCCUCCGAACGGCUCCGGUUAUCUCCGUACAGAGGAGAACUUCGUCUACCCCAGUCCCGGUUCCGUUGCUCAGCCGGGCAGAGCGGGUUCUUCACGCGGCUUGGUCGGCUGAUCAAGGAGAAGGCCAAAAGCGACGUGGAGAAGGUUUUCUCAGGAUUCUCUAAGACUAGAGAGAAUCUAGCGGUAAUCGACGAGCUCUUACUCUUCUGGAAUCUCGCUGAAACAGACCGGGUGCUCGAUGAGCUUGAAGAGGCAUUGUUGGUUUCUGAUUUUGGACCGAAGAUUACGGUUAGGAUUGUUGAGAGGCUAAGGGAUGAUAUAAUGUCAGGGAAGCUCAAGUCAGGAAGCGAGAUCAAGGAUGCAUUGAAGGGAAGUGUGUUGGAGAUGCUGUCUAAGAAAAACAGCAAGACAGAGCUUCAACUUGGUUUCAGGAAACCAGCUGUUAUAAUGAUAGUUGGAGUGAAUGGAGGUGGAAAGACUACGUCUCUUGGAAAGUUGGCUCAUAGAUUGAAGAAUGAAGGGACCAAGGUAUUGAUGGCAGCAGGGGAUACGUUUAGAGCAGCUGCAAGUGACCAGUUAGAGAUAUGGGCUGAGAGGACUGGGUGUGAGAUUGUUGUGGCUGAAGGAGAGAAGGCUAAAGCAGCAACAGUUCUCUCGAAGGCUGUGAAAAGAGGGAAAGAGGAAGGUUACGAUGUUGUACUGUGUGAUACAUCUGGACGUCUCCACACUAAUUACAGCUUGAUGGAGGAGUUGAUUGCGUGCAAAAAGGCACUAGGCAAAGUAGUCUCUGGUGCACCUAAUGAGAUCCUACUUGUCCUUGAUGGAAACACCGGUCUGAACAUGCUUCCACAAGCUAGGGAAUUCAACGAGAUUGUUGGUAUUACCGGUUUGAUUUUGACGAAACUGGAUGGGUCUGCUAGAGGAGGCUGUGUGGUCAGUGUGGUUGAGGAACUGGGCAUUCCUGUAAAGUUCAUUGGUGUAGGAGAAGCUGUGGAAGAUCUCCAACCAUUUGAUGCUGAGGCCUUUGUCAACGCUAUAUUCUCCUGAGCUGAUUUUUUCCAACUAGUAUCAUAUUCAAAGCAGCGCGAGAGACGCAUGUUGCUUAGCACGGAGAUGAAAAUGGAGCCAUUCCUUAAAAUGUUUCUUGGAGAUGUUAAAGAUCGUUAAGCUUCUCUACAAAGGGUUUCAAAGUUUUGUUUGUUUUAACGAUGUGACAGAAUGAAACUCUGUGUCUGUGGUAUACACAAGAGUGAUCGAUCACUUGCACAUGAAUGUGACGAGCCAGAGAAGUUACUUACUUACUCUGUAUCUUAUUAAUGUCUGUAUUAAUAUAAGCUUAGAGAUUUAUUAAUGUUAAAUAAAGUCAUAUAGUAAGGAAGUUGAUUAUUUA